GAUGGCGGUUGUGAGGGUUCGUCGCCCUGGUUUCUGCUGGUCGGGGGUGAGGGUGGCGUCCGUGGUGAUGGUAUCGUCGCCGAUUGAUGGGUAUUGUGGCGGUGCCGCCUCCGUGGUGUCGUCCCGCUGCGCUUCCUUGACGAGGUAUUCCCACAGCGAGAGAGCUACUUGCUCGUGGAUGGCCGGAACUCGGAUCAAGCGGCGGCAGGCGCGUGAGCCCUCACCACAGGGCAGCCGGCCGAUGGCGAGCAGGGAUGGAAGCGUCAGCUGGCAGUCGACUUUAAUGUACUCGGCAUGGUCGGACCAGUGGUUAUCGACGAACGCCCGGAUGACCUCGUCGGCUUCCCAGAUGGACGCCCUGGUGGCCUCGUUGGCGUCCCAAAUAGAGGCAAGCUCCAAAGGCGUGGUGGGUGGCUUCUUUUUGGCGGAAGAUGGCGUGGAGACUGUGCUAGUAGUGAAGGAGCCGUGUGGACUUUGAGACCCGGCGCUAGAAGACGGGGAAGGCCGCUCCAGACUGUGAGUGGACUCUGGCACCGACUCUGGAAGGUACUUUUGACGUAGAUGGGUGAGGGAACUCCCACUCUUGUUGUUUUCCGCAUUGCUGCCUACCGUGUUGGCAGACACGUCCUGUUGGGGAUCAACCAUCGUAAUAAAGCAAGCUAGGUCGUCCAAGUGUUUUUGAUGUCAUUUGGGAAAGCUAGUGUAUUAAGUUUGACAAACCUUUGGCAACUAAAGACAGCUAAGUAUAUGUAGAUAGCGUAUCU